AUGCAGUAUCAACCUAGUUCUAGCUUACAAGAUCGUAAUUUAUGGGCACCGUAUCAACGUGAUCACCUAAGUAACGGUGACAAAAUUGCACUUAACAAAUUGUAUCCACCUGCAGUCGGAUUCGGCGGAUGGAUUCCACAACAAGGUACUACGGGUUUAUACUAUUGUGAAAGGCAUAAUAUGGAAGAUAAUAAUGCACCAUUUGGUAAAAUUGGUGUAAAUGGUUACUGUAAUCCUAAUAAAGGUCCAAAUUGCCCUACUUGUCGACAUUAUGGUGGUAUACAAGAGAGGCGCAAUGAUGAAGGACGCAAGGCGAAACAAGGAGAAACAGGAUUAUUUUAUUGA